UCCCCCGGGGGUGUGUCCUGGCGCCAGCUCGGGAAGUGAUGUUCCUCUAUGUAAUCCGCUCUACGAGAAGCCAAAAAAGGGCAAUCGGUGUGUGCGGGGAGCGGGAUGAGGACGGGGAGUACAGCAACUCGGAGUUCAGAUUUUUGGGCGCUGAUAUGUGGAAUGAAUAAGGAGAUCUGAACCGCUGUGUCCACCUGAGCCUUCAGACGGAGAAAAGAGCGCGUUUCCUCAGAGCAAGGUCACCAACCACAUUUCACAAUGUUUGAUGGGGACUAUGACUACCUCAUCAAAUUUUUAGCAUUGGGAGACUCUGGCGUUGGAAAAACCAGCUUCCUCUACCAAUAUACAGAUGCAAAGUUCAACUCCAAGUUCAUCACAACAGUAGGCAUCGACUUCCGGGAAAAGAGAGUGGUAUAUCGAGCGAACGGUCCUGAUGGUGUAGCGGGAAGAGGUCAAAGGGUUCACUUGCAACUUUGGGACACAGCUGGCCAAGAAAGGUUUCGCAGCUUAACAACCGCCUUUUUCAGGGAUGCAAUGGGAUUCGUUUUGAUUUUCGAUUUAACAAAUGAGCAAAGUUUUCUGAACGUCAGAAACUGGAUAAGUCAGCUGCAGAUCCACGCGUAUUGUGAGAACCCAGACAUUGUGAUGUGCGGGAAUAAAUGUGAUCUGGAAGAUCAGAGAGCUGUAAAGGAAGAGGAGGCCAAAGAGUUUGCAGAGAAAUAUGGAAUCCCUUACUUUGAGACAAGUGCUGCAGAUGGAACCAAUGUCAAUAAGGCGGUGGAGACUUUAUUGGAUCUGAUCAUGAAACGCAUGGAACGGUGUGUGGACAAGUCUUGGAUACCCCAAGGGGUGGUACGGUCCAAUGGCCACAGCUCUACUGAGCGGUUAACUGAUGAGGACAAAGAAAAAGGCAAAUGCGGCUGUUGAGACCACCCCUUUCCCCUCCCCCUUUUCCCAAAAUCAGUAACGCUGUUGCUGUUCUGAGGUCAUGAUUGCUAAAAUACAUUCAAGUUUAUAUUUAGCAGGCAAUGUGUUCUGUUCAUGUCAUCACUUCAGAACUUAAAGUGCAUGUCCAGCUUAAACCUUUUUUCCUUUAAGUUUUGGUAAGAGUGGGGAAGGAUCAGAACUUCUGUUGUGUUAUUUCUGCUAUUUGGGUUCUGUUGGAGAUCCCUUUACUCAUUAUCAGAGUCACAACGGUUCCACCAGGCAGAGACUGAAGGAGAAUCUGCAACAGGGAUAUACAGGUUGCAAAAAAAGUUUUAUAGGGGGUUUUAGCCUUCCCCCUAAAACACUAAAAGAAAAUUCUGAAUGUCUUGCUAUUGCAGAUUUCCUAUCUUCUUGUUUGUUGAAACUGUUGUCCACAGGGGCAGCAAGUGAAUGUAAGGAUCUCCAGUGGAUCAGCAGAUGGCAGUAAAAAUCUACAGGGGUUCUACUCCUUUCCCAGCAUAUCCAGAACCCAAAAAAAGUUUUGACUAGGCAUUCACAUUGAUUUUGCUUUCUUCUAGUUUCUGCAAGGUGCACUAUGGCUUUAUUUGCAAGCACAAGACUUUCUGAAGCCUUGUUGCCCCUGGCUGCGUUAGAAUUUAUAUUAAAUGUGGCAUCUUUUAUAAGACGGCAUUCCUACUCUUGUCUCGUAGUUUACGCUUUUUUCCUACAUGACUUACAUCAGCCCCUUUUAUAACUGUGCAUGGCUGUUAAUGCAUAAAUUAUAUAUGCGAUUUCUUAUGUUUCAACAGGAAUUUAGGGCAGAGUAAAAACCAGCAAAAAUUCUUCAGGGCUGGUGCUAAGCGGUGACUUUGUAUGUGCUUUAUGGGACCCUUUUGGACAGAGACAGUUCCACAUUGGUCCUGGUGAGACAUGCUACCACACAAGAGCUCAUUAAAAGCUGGGUUGGAAGUACUCCACUUGUUCAAUGAAUCGCAAUACCUGUUAUUUCCUACUCCUCUUUUGGUGUUAAAUUGGUUGGGGGCUUCUUCUGUUCCUUUCUUUUUACAUUGAUUGAUUUGAAUAUACAUGUAGAUGCUAAUCCUAGUUGUAUGUUUUGCUGAAAUGUCAACCUUCCUGCAUGCAAUCCUACAUACAAACAAAACGAUUGGAACUAAGCGAAUGUACUUGAAUUUUUUUAAAACUCUGUUUUGUAAUGUGGUUUAUAUAAAGAUCUUGAACUUGCAUUUAUACUA